CUCAUAUGCGAGUUCCAGCCUCAUGGGUUAUCUUACCGCUCUUUUCCUCUUUGACCGCGCACCGCUACUGUCAUGGAAGCUUUGCAUCGUCUUCACCCUUUUCACGUUGCUCUGUAUAGGAGAGGGUGUGACAACAGGUGCUGGAUUACCGUGCUUCUCGAACCAAAGCGUGGCCCUUUUGCGGUUCAAGGAAAGCCUAUCCCUGAGGCCACAGAAAUUCUUUAGUUCAUGGAGGAAUGGGUCGGAUUGCUGUACGUGGAAAGGAGUCUCCUGCGAUGGCACCGGCUUCGUCACCAGCCUUAACAUUUAUGAUCUCAGUGCACAGGCAAGUGAGCUACACCCUUCCUUAUUCGAGCUUGGUCGCCUCCGCCAUCUUGAGCUCAGCUUCAAUUUGAUUAGUGGCACCAUCCCGUCCAGAUUGUCGGAGCUCACCGACCUUACUGAGCUUUCACUCUCACAUUGCAACUUCACUGGUUCCAUUCCUGAAUCCUUCAAACAACUUUCUAACCUGACCCUUCUGGACCUUAGCAACAACAAUUUAAGUGGAGAAAUUCCUCCAGGCCUGUUAAACCUUCCCACCCUACAAUAUCUAAGCCUCCAUGCAAACGAGUUAAGUGGUCCACUCCCUGAUUUUGGAACUGGAUUUUCGAUACUAAACUCAGUUGAUCUCUCUGAUAACAUGUUGGAAGGGGAGAUUCCCUCUUCUAUAAGCAACUCACCCCAUCUAGAACUGUUAGAACUUGGAGCAAAUAGAUUUAGUGGUACCAUCCAUCUCUCCUCAUUUCAAAACUUAAAAAAUCUUUCAUAUCUGUCCCUUUCUGAUAAUGAAUUGACUGUCAAAGUCCCUGACCUUGACCACCAUGCUGCAAUUUUUCUGCAUCUUCAGGAUUUGUUCCUGAGCUCUUGCAACAUAGAAGGGGAGUUUCCUCAGUUCCUCCAAAACACAAAGGAACUCGUACUUCUAGACCUUUCACAUAAUAAGAUAAGUGGGAAGAUGCAGACAUGGGUGUGGGAACUACCACAGCUUGAACGCUUGUAUUUAUCUGAUAACAUUCUCUGUGGCUUUGAGGAAGCGGUCAAUAUUAGUAGUUCAAUGAACUUGGACCUUGACUUGGGUUCCCAAACCAAGUUUCCAUCUAAAAAACCCUUCAAGAUUAUUUCAUUGAUGUCAAACUUGGACCUGUCAAACAAUAUCAUCAGAGGAGCGAUCCCGCCAACUCUCUUUUGCAAUCUGCUUAAAUUGGAAGUUUUAUACCUAUCUGGAAAUAACCUCACAGGUACCAUACCAAAUUGCAUAGCCAACCUGACAAGGUUAGAUUUAUUGGACCUAGGUGGGAACCAACUUCAGGGACUAAUUCCAAGAGAGCUUAUUUGUGAUCUAAGCAGUCUGGGACUGAUUAGAGUGAAGGGUAACCAAUUAACGGAUGAAUUAGCUAGAUUUCUCUAUAACUGUAGCAGUGAAAUAUGGGCCAUCGACUUGUCGCAUAAUAGACUCAUGGGUAGUUUGCCAAGUAACUGGCUCACCAGUUUUCGUUGGCUACAGGUGUUGGACUUGAGCAACAACCAACUACAUGGGCCAAUUCCUAAUGAACUUGAUAGUAGGUCUAUCGCAUCCUUACGUGUGAUCAACCUGAACCACAAUAAAUUGGUCGGUAGUAUUCCUAGAUUUCUUGCUAACUGCAGCCAAUUAGAGGUUAUAAAUUUGAGUAUGAAUGAGUUGAGUGAUGUUUUUCCCUUCUGGCUUGGCCAUUUGCAGUUCUUGCGCAUCUUGAUGCUAUCUUCCAAUAAACUGUAUGGCUCCGUUUGCUCCCCCUUCUCCAAGAAUGUGUUUUCUUCGUUACAAAUCCUUGACAUUUCUGGUAACCAAUUGACUGGACCUCUCCCCCCAAGUCUAUUUCAAGGUUUUAGUUCUAUGAUGGCUGGCCAAUCAAAGGUUGAAGGUCAAUAUAUAUCAUUUUCUAGGUUCUAUGAAGUCAUGUUGUUAACCAUCAAAGGGCAUUUCAGAGUAAAGAAGUUUUUGCCGGAAUUUAUCGUACGUGAUGAAGAGCUCCCACUAACCAUCAAGGGGCAGAACCAAGCACGGAGGAUAAUACAUAUGCUGGCGUCCAUUGAUUUGUCCAAUAAUCUAUUUAUUGGGCGAGUUCCAGAUGAGAUUGGUGCUUUGGAUGGGCUUUGUUCAUUGAACUUAUCCUGGAACAACUUAGAUGGACCUAUCCCAAGGUCCCUAGGACACUUGCAGCAAAUGGAGUCGCUGGACCUUUCUCACAACUAUUUAUCAGGAAGCAUACCAGAAGAACUAACAAGAGACACAUUUCUCUCUGUGUUAGACUUGUCAUGCAACAACUUGCAAGGGAGAAUCCCUCAAGGCAAGCAGUUUGGCACAUUCGAUGCUACUUCAUUUGAUGGCAAUCCUGGGCUUUGUGGGCCACCACUGCCAAUCUCAUGCCCAAUCACCAACCUUGGUGUUCAAGACCCCAUCAAUCAUGUUAGAGAAAUAGCUCGAGAUCCGCACUGGGGAUAUUUUGCAGCAGGGAUUGGCUACUCGAUGGGUUUCUUGACAAUCAUAUUGCCCAUCUUGUUUAUUGAAAAAGUGGGAAGCUGGUUUUGUGUUCACGUGGACAGGGCAUUUGAAGCAUGCAUUAGGAUUCUUACUUUAUCAUCGAUUUUAUGCAAGGUUUAGCAUAUUGCACUCACGGUACUUUUGUCUGUUGUAAUUUUUAUUCGUCAAGCUACUUGUA